AUGUCGACUGUUGACGUCCACAACGAUGUUACAAAUGGUGCUGAAAAUGUGCACGAGGAGGAUGUGCAUAUAGAGGAUGACCAGGAUGAUGAUUAUGAACCUCUAGAUAGGAAUGCGGAGAGAAUGGAAAGAUUGGAAAAUAUGAGCACCAUGUUAGCUGAGUUAAUCCAAGAAUCCCGAAGGAAGGUAGUUGUUAAUGAAAAUGAGAGCGCCGCGAUGUUCAAGAAGUUUUCAUCUCUUAAUCCACCUUCAUAUGAUGGUAAGCCUGAUCCAGUGGCGUUUGAAGAUUGGAUUAAUCGCAUUGACCAGCUGUUUGAAACCUUGCAAUGCCCUGAGAAAUGGAGGGUAGACUUUGCUGUAUUUUAUCUCACGGGCCAGGCAAGUUUAUGGUGGAAGAUUGUUAAGGAAAAGAAAAAUGAACCUGGGUUUGGAUGGAGCAAACUUCAGGAUUUGAUGCGAGAUAAAUUUUAUCCUCCUUCACUUAGGAAGCAGAAAGAAGAUGAAUUCCUUCACUUACAACAAGGUACCAUGAGUGUUUUGGAAUAUGCUAAUAAGUUCAUGGAGCUUUCAAGGUUCGCGCCUGAGCUGGUAACUAGUGAGCAGUCAAGGAUGAACCGCUUCGAGCGAGUAUUGCUUCGAGAAUCUCAGAAUAGUAACUUUAAAAGGAGGAAUGAUGGGAGAAAUGAUAAUCAAGGAGGGGCAAAAAGGUCUAAUCAAGGGAGCCAAAAUUUCAGGAGAAAUAAUAGUGGUCAACCUGAUUAUAGGGGUCAAGGUUAUCAUGGAGGUAACCGAGUUCAGAGUAACUUCAGGGCACCUGUGAACAAACCUCAGGAGUGUGCCAAGUGUGGAAGAAGGAAUCAUUCAGAGAGUGAAUGUCGUGUUGGCUCAAAUGCUUGUUAUAGAUGUGGGAGUCGUGAUCAUUAUGUCAGGGAUUGUCCUAAGCCACCGGGAGCAAAUAAUAGCAUUGGUGGAACAUCUUCAGCUGGUACUAAUCGCAACCGAAACAACAACACCGCUGGAGCAUAUCGUAAUCCACCCCGACAAGCACCGACAGGAAGAAUCUAUGUCAUGAGGCAAGAUGAGGCUGAGAAUGAUGACACUGUUAUUACUGGUACCUUCUCUAUCCAUUCUUUGCCUGUCCAUGUUUUAUUUGAUUCUGGAGCUUCACAUUCUUUCAUUUCCCCAUUGUUUGCCAAAAACCUGAACUUGCAACCAUCAUGUGACUUCUCCUCUCUAAGUGUUGCCCUACCUACUGGAGAAACUGUGAGAUGUAGAGUCAUGUAUAGGAAUUGUCCAAUUGUGUUGGGGAAGUUGAGUUUCUAG